AUGGCGUUACAGAGGCAACUCCUGAAGAGAGUCGUCGAUAGAACUCACUACCGACCUGCGAUCUCCUUCCUCCGCUCUGAUUUCUCCACUUCUCCUUCUUUUGCCGAUGCUCCGCCGCAGAUUCCGCCGUUCGAUUACAAGCCACGGCCGUAUAAUGGUCCUUCCGCCGAUGAAGUUUUCCAGAAACGGAAGAAGUUUCUCGGACCUUCUCUUUUCCAUUUCUACCAAAAACCUCUUAACAUUGUUGAAGGGAAGAUGCAAUACUUGUUCGAUGAGACUGGUAGGCGAUAUCUAGAUGCGUUUGCUGGAAUAGUCACUGUCUCAUGUGGUCAUUGCCACCCCGAUAUACUAAAUGCGAUUACCGAACAGAGCAAGCUUCUUCAGCACGCGACGACAAUAUACUUGCAUCACGCCAUAGGCGAUUUCGCUGAAGCAUUAGCUGCUAAAAUGCCUGGAAAUCUAAAGGUUGUGUAUUUUCUAAAUUCUGGCUCGGAAGCUAAUGAGCUAGCGAUGAUGAUGGCUAGACUUUACACUGGUAGCCUUGAGAUGAUUUCAUUGAGAAAUGCUUAUCAUGGUGGAAGUUCUAAUACUAUUGGACUAACAGCUCUUAACACAUGGAAGUACCCAUUACCACAGGGGGAAAUCCAUCACGUCGUAAAUCCAGAUCCAUACCGUGGAGUAUUUGGGUCUGAUGGUUCUCUAUAUGCUAAAGAUGUCCAAGACCACAUUGAGUACGGUACUUCUGGAAAAGUGGCUGGAUUUAUCGCAGAGACCAUCCAGGGGGUCGGAGGAGCUGUAGAAUUGGCUCCUGGUUACUUAAAGUCGGUUUAUGAAACUGUACGCAAAGCUGGUGGUGUAUGCAUCGCCGAUGAAGUCCAAACUGGAUUUGGCCGGACAGGAAGUCACUAUUGGGGUUUCCAGACUCAAGAUGUAGUUCCUGACAUAGUCACAAUGGCAAAGGGAAUUGGAAACGGUUUGCCACUAGGAGCUGUAGUGACUACAGCAGAAAUUGCUAGCGUUUUAGCUAGCAAGAUUCAGUUCAACACUUUUGGUGGAAACCCGGUUUGUUCAGCUGGUGGACUCGCUGUUUUAAACGUUAUCGACAGAGAGAAACGCCAGUCUCAUUGUGCUGAAGUUGGUUCACACCUUAUUCAACGUUUGAAAGAUCUGCAGAAAAGACAUGAUAUCAUUGGAGAUGUGAGAGGAAGAGGAUUAAUGGUUGGGAUCGACCUCGUGACUGACCGGAAAACCAAGGCACCAGCCAAGGCUGAAACAGCUGUCUUGUUCGAGCAACUUAGAGAACAUGGAAUUCUCGUUGGAAAAGGAGGACUUCAUGGGAACGUUUUCAGGAUAAAGCCACCGAUGUGUUUCACCAAAGACGAUGCAGAUUUCUUGGUAGAUGCAUUGGACUAUUCUAUGGCCAAGUUGUGA